AUGACGUGUGGACUAGUGCGCAUAAGACUGGCGAGGUUUGGCCGCCGGAACAAUCCUCUGUACAAUAUCGUAGUCACACAGUCGCACAAGGCGAGAGACUCUCGUCCGAUUGAAGUCCUCGGCACUUACAACCCAACACCAAAACGAGUGAGUAAUAGUGCUGUUCCCAUCAAGGAGGUGAAUCUUGAUUUUACGAGGGCGAAGUACUGGAUCGGUGUGGGUGCUCAGCCGAGUGAUAUUGUCACAAGGUUGUUCAUCAAGGGUGGGAUACUUCCAAGGGAAGAUUGGGCCUCUAGCAAAGUUAGAACGAGUAAAGUGGUAAGUCCGCUUAAAGAGCUGAUGGAGUGA